CCCAAGUUUGGGCACGGCGUCUGCUGGCCACACUGCCCGUUUACAGAUUUCACAGACGCACACAAACAAACGCGCUUGGUUUUCACUCUCAUCCAAACUUUCCAACCACCCACACCUCUCUCUCUCUCUCUCUCUCUCUCCUUCUUCAAUGGCUUCCAUCACUGCGCCAACCCCAGCUCCUCACAACCUUACCUUCCCCAACCCCAAAUCCUACCCCUCCUCCGCUUCGAAAACCCCAUUGUACCCUUCCUCUUCCUCUAGAUUCUCCGAUUCAUCCCUCUGCCGGUGCCGGAACCCUUCCUCCUCCUCCUCCGACUCAGUCCAUUGGAGAUGGGACUCUGCGCUCCAGGACCUCGUCAAAAACGCCAUGAAACGACUCGAUUUCCAGGGAGGAGGAAGCGCUAGCAAGGCCGACGAGGAGGAGCCCGCCUGGGAUUGGGAUCGCUGGCGUCAGCAUUUCCUCGAGGUCGAAGACCAAGAGCGCCUCGUCUCACUUCUCAAGUCACAGUUGGGUCGAGCUGUAAAUGUAGAGGAUUUUGAGGAUGCUGCUAGGCUCAAGGUUGCCAUUGCUGCCGCCUCCACAAACGACGUCGUCGGCUCAGUCAUUUCUCGUCUCAAUAGAGCUAUACAGGACGAGCGUUACCAGGAAGCAGCAUUUUUCCGGGAUAAUGCCGGUGCUGGAUUGGUGGGUUGGUGGGCUGGCAUCUCUAAGGAUAAGAAGGACCCUCACGGCCUAAUUAUACGAGUAACUGCAGAGCAUGGACGAUAUGUCGCAAGGAGUUAUAGUCCCCGGCAGCUCGCUACAGCUGCAGCUGGUGUUCCACUGUUUGAGAUCUUUUUAACAAUGAAUAAAAAGGGUGAAUACAAACAACAGGCUGUGUACUUAAAGCGGGGAGGAGUAUUUCCAGAUUCUCCACAAGUUAGCUCCAAAGCAAUGGACACCACUACCACCUUGAAUCCUUUAGAUUCAACUGAAGAAAAAAGCGAUCUAUUUCUUGGAGGUAGUGACGAUACUGAAGAUGGUGAUGAUAUGGAUGAUGAUUUGGAUCUUUCUGAGGGACUCUCUGGAUUUCAGAGCAUCUUGAGGGAUAUGAUUCCUAAUGUGAAGGUCAAGGUCUUGAAAGUGACAUCACCAGGAAAGGUAGAUCGGGAUCUAAUAUCUAAAGUGAUUGAGCAGAUCAUUGAGGAAGAUGAUGAAGAUAAGGAUAAUGAAAUCGAGAAUUCAGAAGCUGAAGAUGAGGACGAGGACGAAGACGAAGAAAAGGUUGAAGGUGAUCAAGAGACUGUGAUUGAACUGGAUGCUGAUCCUGCAAUUAUUCAAAAUGCUGAGAGACAAGAAAUUGCAGUUAAAGUUGUUUUUGGUGGUUUUGGGCAGAAAAUAUCUAACAUCCCACCUAGUAAAAAUUUGCUCCGAGUCCCUGCUAAAAUAGAGAAGAAGGGGCGUUUAUCCUUUUCUUUUACUGUUGAGAAAGAUAUUAAUCAACAGGAUUCUCGACAAGGAACAAAGUUCAGGAGAUAAAAAGCUAAAGUUGGAGGUCAGCGUAGCAUUGACAAUGUAAUGUUUGAUCUUGCUAAGUUCAUUGGAAAAGAGAAGAUACCAUUGAAGGUACUCAAAGAUGUUGGUGAGUUGAUAAAUCUUGCUCUCAGUCAGGUUCAUAAUCAUCAGCCAUUGUCAGGAUCCACUACUUUCAAUCGCAUUGAAAUGCCCGUUUCUCAAGAUCCAUUAAAUGGACUAUACAUUGGUGCACAUGGGCUCUACACCUCAGAAGUUAUUCACCUGAGACGUAAGUUUGGACAAUGGAAAGAAGACAAUGGGACUAAGGAACCCUCAAACCUCGAGUUUUAUGAAUAUGUGGAAGCCUUAAAACUUACUGGGGAUCCUUAUGUACCAGCUGGCCAGGUGGCAUUCCGUGCAAAGAUUGGGAAAAGAUAUCAGCUUCCUCAUAAAGGGAUCAUACCAGAAGAGUUUGGAGUGGUUGCUCGAUAUAAAGGACAGGGGAGGCUUGCUGAGCCAGGGUUUCGUAAUCCUCGAUGGGUCGAUGGUGAACUUGUUAUUCUUGAUGGAAAGUACAUUAAAGGAGGACCUGUUGUUGGGUUUGUUUAUUGGGCCCCAGAGUAUCAUUUCUUGGUGUUCUUUAAUCGACUGAGGCUUCAAGGCUAGGUUCCUUGUACAUAAUGCUCAAGGUUGUUGACAUCUUUUCUUCGCAAUUUUGUAGGUUUAGAUAUGGAUUACAUCGACAAAGGGCUACAUAUCCAAUGUUUACUCAACUGACUGGUGCACAUGCAAGCAUGCCUGACUCAGAACAAUUACCAAAGCUAUGAACUGGAAUAGAGUAGAUAAUUGCCUUCUUUGAUCCUGUUUCUGGAAUAUCGUUUUCUGUCAUUGUAUGUGUCUAACCUCUGUCGUACUAUCAGUGUUUUGUUUUGUCUUAAUUAUUAUACACUUAAGUAAUGCUUUUGUGCAGUCUUUCUUCAAGCAUUGCUUUAGUAGGUAUAAUUUAGAGAUACUAUUAGGUCUUGAUAUAAAUUUUAACCGAUAUAUGUGAUGGUUUGAUUCUUGUAUAUAUUAGGUGGGCAUACUCAGAUGUAAAUUAUUAGAAACCAAGUGCGGGAUAAUCAACACAAUUCCUCUUCUUAUUUUAAUAACGAUUGCAUUGACAUUAUUCUUUUAA